AUGUGUGAUACAUCUAUUAUGAUGUUGGAAGGUCUAUUAAAAGAUGAAAAAAAGAUGGAAUAUUGUUUGGAUUGGGAGGAUAUUGAAAUAGAGAGUACACUAAAAGACUCAGAUGGAGGUGGCGGUGGUGAAAAUGGCAGCCCUAAUUUUACAGAUUUAAAGAUUUUAUCUAUUCUGUCUACAGAAAUAAUAUCUAGUGACAUUAAUCAUCAUAAUGAAGAGAUGUUCUGUUUGUUUUACAGUUUAAAGGGAUCUGUCAUGGAUAAACAAUGUGUGCAUGUUCAUGGUUUAAUGAUAGUUAGAAAUAAAAAAAUGAGUUGGUUAAAGCUGUGA